AUGACCAAGGACGUGGAGAUGGCGGCGCGGAACGGCGGCAACGGCGCCGUCGCCGGCGAGGCCUACUACCCCUCUCCCCCGGCGCAGGGCGGCGACGCCGACGUGGACGACGACGGCAAGCAGCGGCGCACAGGGACGGUAUGGACAGCGAGCGCGCACAUCAUCACCGCCGUCAUCGGCUCCGGCGUGCUCUCCCUCGCCUGGGCAACGGCGCAGCUGGGCUGGGUCGUCGGGCCGAUCACCCUGAUGCUCUUCGCGGCGAUCACCUACUACACCUCCGGCCUCCUCGCGGACUGCUACCGCACCGGCGAUCCGCUCACCGGGAAGAGGAACUACACCUACAUGGACGCCGUCGCAUCCUACUUGAGUCGCUGGCAAGUGUGGGCCUGUGGCGUUUUCCAGUACGUCAACUUGGUCGGGACUGCAAUCGGGUACACGAUCACAGCGUCCAUCAGCGCGGCUGCUAUAAACAAGGCCAACUGCUUCCACAAGAACGGCCGGGCGGCGGACUGCGGCGUGUACGACUCCAUGUACAUGGUGGUGUUCGGGGUCGUCCAGAUCUUCUUCUCCCAGGUGCCCAACUUCCACGACCUUUGGUGGCUCUCCAUCCUCGCCGCCGUCAUGUCUUUCACCUACGCCUCCAUCGCCGUCGGCCUCUCCCUGGCGCAGACCAUAUCGGGCCCGACCGGCAAGGCCACCCUGACCGGCACCGAGGUUGGCGUGGACGUCGAUUCGGCCCAGAAGAUCUGGCUCGCGUUCCAGGCGCUCGGCGACAUCGCCUUCGCCUACUCCUAUUCCAUGAUCCUCAUAGAAAUCCAGGACACGGUGAGGUCUCCGCCGGCGGAGAACAAGACGAUGAAGAAGGCGACCCUGGUGGGGGUGUCCACCACGACGGCCUUCUACAUGCUGUGCGGCUGCCUGGGCUACGCGGCGUUCGGCAACGGCGCCAAGGGGAACAUCCUCACCGGCUUCGGCUUCUACGAGCCCUACUGGCUCAUCGACUUCGCCAACGUGUGCAUCGUGGUGCACCUGGUGGGCGCCUACCAGGUGUUCUGCCAGCCCAUCUUCGCCGCUGUCGAGACCUUCGCCGCGGCCACCUGGCCCAACGCCGGGUUCAUCACCCGCGAGCACCGCGUCGCCGCCGGCAACGGCAAGCGGCUCGGCUUCAACCUCAACCUCUUCAGGCUGACGUGGAGGACGGCGUUCGUGAUGGUGAGCACGCUGCUGGCCAUCCUCAUGCCCUUCUUCAACGACAUCCUCGGCUUCCUGGGCGCCAUCGGCUUCUGGCCGCUCACCGUCUACUUCCCCGUGGAGAUGUACAUCCGGCAGCGCGGGAUACCGAGGUACACGACGAGGUGGGUGGCGCUGCAGACGCUCAGCUUCCUCUGCUUCCUGGUGUCGCUCGCCGCGGCGGUCGCGUCCAUCGAGGGCGUCACGGAGUCGCUCAAGAACUACGUCCCGUUCAAGACCAAGUCGUGA